GUCAUGAUGGGUUCCUGCGUCUACUGGUUAUAUGGUUUCGUGAAUUCGUUCUCCAUUGAAUUUUAAAGGUUUUUUGAACGUUUUGCUCGUUUUGGAGUAUGUAGGACAGUUUUUCUCGGCUUUGAUCUGGUAGAACAGUGGCGGCUAUUUUGAUAUUUAAUUUGUCCUAGGCUUGGUUUAUCAUACACUCGGUUUGUUGGCCAAUCGGUUGAUGGCGAUGUCAAGGAACCGUUUAUUGCAGGUAGACAAUGCAAGUGAAAACACUGCAGACGUCAGUGGAAUUUUCGCUGAAGUAAUGCUGGGAAGGCGUUUCUUUAGCUGGGAGGAAUUCGAGAAUUCAUUAGGAGAAUUUCAAAAAUUGUCCUGCACUCACUAUGUGCGUAUUCAAAGCAAAACAAUAGGCGAAGACAGAUUCAAGUACGCUCACGUUGCUUUUAAAUGCACUUUUGGCGUGAACCGUACAAGAGCUGGCCCGAAAUUGCGGAACAAGUCGUCUAAAUGUUGCAACUGUCCGUCUGCAUUUCGCGUAAUUUUGCAUUUUAGUGAAUACGUAAUAACAUCCCACAAAAUGGUUCAUAACCAUCCAUGCACCAGGGUGUAUAUGCGGAAUGAUCCAUGGUGUAGACGACUAACAGCGGAAGAGAAAGAAAACCUGGAACCACUUCUUCACCAAUCACACUCAUCAGAUGAAAUAAUGAAGUAUGUUAAGGAAACAUUCCACAAGGACAUAACUCGUACUGACGUUAAAAAUCUGAAAGCUUCAGUUAAUAAAGGUAACGUUGAUGUAAUUGUAAAUUACUUCAGGUAUGUCGAGUCUUAAUGACAUUUGGAGAGGUGGUUACCGCAGAUUACGCUGGAGGAGUAAUCGCACAAAUGGACCAUUUUCUUAAUGUGUAAAUUAACUACUUUCGUACUACAAUAAAAAUAAACUUUUCC